ACAUUUAAGUUCUUCCUUUGUUUUUAAUUUAAGUAGUUUAUAUUUAAUUAUGAAAGUAGCCAAAACUGAAUUAAACUAAAGCACAAACCAAUACAAAGAUGAGUAGUUUAUUUAUGAGGUCCAUCACAUUUCAGUAUUUUCGAUAAAUUCCUCGAAUAUAGUAAAUUGUUAUUGAUUAUUGUGUGGGUUAAUUCUUUUGAAUAUGAAGCCUGGAAAGAGCGUUGAAACCAGAGAGGAGAUAGUGGAAGUUCAUACUGCAGCUCGUUCGCCAUCUCCAAAGCAAAAGACUAAAGAACAUACACGUAGCAGAUCGGGAUCACGUAAACUUUCGAAUGGUCAUGCAAGCCAAGAAGACACCGAUAUCCAUACGGAGGACACUUCACAUAAAUCUAAAUCCCGAGAAAACUGGAAUAAAUCAGAGCAGGAAUCGGUGGACACAGAAUUGCCAAUACAUGAUCAAAUUAAAAUGGGAAUAUUAGGAUUUGUUGAGAAGGAAAUUAAGAAAUCGGAUAAGAAUCCGUCGUUCGUAUUUUAUUCUCAUGAUCCGAACGGCUUGGAUGAAAAAUUUAUGAAGACGUUAUCCCGACCUUCCAGUGGUCAUAAAGAGAAAAGAAGCCCAUCAUACAGAAAGAAGAAGCGUCAUUCCUCAAGGCACAGAGACAGGGAAUUGCAUGAUUUUGAAAUACCAGGUUCUAGUUUAAUAGCCCUUGAGAAGGUUGAUGAUUAUUUGAAGGAGUACAAUAAAGAUGAAGUUGUUACUCUGAGUGGUGAGUUGGAAAUCGAGGCUAACGAUGUCGAAAACAACAACGGAACACCCAGAGAAGUGAGGCACAAGCCUCGAAAGACACGUCGGAAAGCUAGAGAUCAACAUGACAGUAACGCUAAUGGCAGGGAUGUAAGCCCUAAAGUAUUUAAGAGUGCUAAUCGGUCAAAGGCGCAGGCGAAAACUGCUCGGCCCUCAGAUCUGACUGCGAUGUUAGAGAGCUUAGAAGCUAAUGUACCGUUCAAUGAUCAAUACAUUGACAAUCCGUUCUCAUCACCUUCCCCGCUGACUUCACCAAACGAUGAACGAAGAGAUCCGUUUGGGUCGAGACGACCUGAAAAAAUUUAUCUUCAGGGCGGAGGCACCUUCAGGGCCGUGUCGAGGGAUAGAAUUCUUGAGUCCCAGCAGUCAAGAGAAGAGGAAAAAUAUUUACAUCUCGGCGACUUAACACCUUUGGAUGUUGCGAUAACUGUUCAGAAAGCUUGGCGUAAUUUCUCUCCAGCUUGCCACGGGGUGCUGGGAGGGAUUUCUCUGAUGCAUUUACUCCUUAUAAGCUAUUCCGACAGCCUUGAUGCUGGACAUUUGUCGUUUCAUGCUGUUGUAACGAUGCCAUAUGUAGCUAGCUACUACUUCUUCUGUGUACUGUGUUUAUUAUCGGUUCUGGAUAGACUGGACAUAACUAGCAUAGACACAACCCGUGGCCUUCAGCCGUGGUUCCAGCCGAUAGUAUUAGUUAUACUGUACACAUCUUGUCUGUUGGUUUGUACGGCUGCUCGGAUGUACGAUGAGCUGAUGGUAUACCAAUAUACGCCAUUAGUUGCCAAUAUCACCGGAAAUGUCACCACUCCAACAAUACCAACGUUCUAUCACACCUGGACCCACUUCUCUAUAUGGCGAUCAGUUCUCUCUAUACUGGGUUUGGUCUACUUUGUUAUAUCAAACCCUCAGGAUUUAGUUCAUACAAACUUGAGUAAACUGUUGCACUUCAAACAUACACUGCAAAGUAUUGGGUGAGAUUUAAUGUGUGUAUAUUAUAUAAGUAUAUGCACAACUCAUAUGUCUCGCUGCUAUGAUGUUAUAAAGGAAAUCAGAUUAUUUAAAAUUAGAAUAAACUUUGGUUCAUUCUGUUAGAAUCAUAAAAAAAAAUUAAAUGUUAACAAAAAGUAUUUAUUGGAACUCGUUUUCUGAAUCGUUAUUGUAAUUGGGAAGCUUGAUUAUUUUAAAUUUAGAAUUUUUGUUAUAAAUGCCUAUUUAUAUUAAAUUUAUGUGAUACAAAUAGUUUCGGUAUAAAAACCUGCUACUUGUCUUAAUUAGACCUGUUUGGUGCGUUCGAACGAUCUCGAUUCUCAUUUAAUUUCUAGUCAAAAUAAAAGGCUGACGUAAAUUCUCAAUAUAUUUACCAAAUGCAUUUAUUUACUUUGAAUUGAACAUAUUUUUAUGCAUAUCAAAAUAAUUUAAUGUUAUUUAAUAUUUAUACGCCACUUAUAUUAUUUACUAUGGCAACAUUGUUUAUAAGGGUUUAAGAUUGUAUAAUGAAGUCCUUUGCACAAAUACCAGAGGAAUUUAGUCUUAGCUAUUGUAAAAAGUGUAAAUAAAAAAAAAAAAAAUGCGACAAGUACAGCUUUCGAUAUAAGCAAGUUAUCGCUUCCAUUACGUAUCGUAUAUUUUGUUAAUAUUAAUUUUUGAAUAUCAUAAAAGUGUUUAAUUCAGCCGAACAUAUUUUUGGGAUCCAAAAAGGGCCUUGGACAAGUAUAUGACAACUGUAUUAAUUUUUAAGACGAGACAAAAUAUAAUUACCUUAUAUAUUAUAAUAAAUGUCUAGUAGUUUGA